GGCAUUUGGUUGCUUAUGACCCAGAGAGAGAUCUUUACCGAUGGUCCUGGCUCACUGUGAUUAUUCACUAAAAGUUUGUGAAGAAACUGAAGAAACUGAAGAAACUGUUGUCAACUUUAACUGGAAAUCUUUAGAAAGACAACUUGUCGACAGAUUUAUUAGAGAAAAACCUAGAAUUACAUCCUCGGUUCAAUUAUUUGUCUUCAGUAAAGAUAUUUGUGAUGGAGCUGUUUUUAAAGCUUUGAGUAAAAAAAUACCUCAGGUUACUCUAAGUCGACAAGUAAGACAUCAGAUUUUCAGUGAACUGAACCAACUACCGGAAAUUUGUGAUGUUCUUAAAUAUCUCCACAUUGUCAUUGGUUUUUUAUCAUCUGCUGGAGGAAAUCCUGGAAUGCUUAUCAGCGAUUAUAUGAAAUCAGCAUUGAAACUUGAUCCUGAAAAUGUUUUAAAGAGUGGAAAGGUAGAACAGUUUUGUCAGCUUCAACAUGUUGUUGCGCUUUGGAAAUUGUUAUCCUUAGAGAGAGCGAGAAUAUUAACUCAAAAUAAACAGGAUCCAUUUGAUGACGUAACAGAUAAGAUUAAAACGGCACUGAAACCAAAACUGAAGUUCAAAUUCUGUGGAGGGUUGCAGAAAAUCAACAUUGACCGAUUUGUUGAUGAAUUGUUGAAGCUUAUUUUGCUGUUUUUGAAAAAUGCAACUGACGAAAAGUUACAAAUGCCUUUAGCUGAGUACAUCAACAGGAAGCUUGAACAAGAUGGUUGUACUCUAAUUGAAGAUCUUAGAGAGAGCUUACCAAUGAAGUUACUGUGGCACAUGCUGCUGAUGCUUGGAGGCUUGCAUGUGAGAAAACUGAAGGGUACCACUCAAACUCUUUUUAAUUAUGUCGACAACGGAAGAUGGAGUCUUUUUUUUCAUAAAUUGCACCUAAAAUGUCAUUACGUCCAUAUUAAACUAGGACACAUCAAAUGACAACAGUUAGUACUAUAGAAAGUAACGUAAACCAAUAUAAUAUUCAUAACUAUACGCAAAUGUAGUUGAUUUCCUAAAAUGAAUAUGUUUGAUUCACUACUGACGAUCAAUUUCUAAAAGUCAAUCUUUUGCCCAAAUACAUAUUUUAAAAUGUAAA